AUGGUAGUAUUAAAUGUAGACUCCGAGAAGGUCAAGGACAUAUCUCGUUUCAUGCGCGGCUUCUCCCUUGGUUCUCCUGAGCAUGUAGACACCUGUUCUUUUCUCGCCUAUGGCGCGCUUCGUGCAGAAAUCAAGGAGAUGUUUCCUACUGCGAACAGCGGACGCAAGCUAUUGGAGAUCCUUCAAAAAGAUGCCGGGUUCGUGCAAGCUCAUGCUCAGAUGGUCGAGCGGCUGGACUUUGAACCCAUGCUCGUUUGGUUGAGAGGGAGGUCUGAGAUACGCCCACCCAUCGUGGUGCCGCAGAGUGCAGCUCAGCAAGAAGGGGGUUCUAUAGCCAGAAGCAAAGAAGCUGUACGCCGUGCCUGGGACGAACCAUACAGGGGCGACGCCGCUUCGGUUCUCUAUGACAUCUGCACCUUUUGGUUGCACGAGCGACGCGCCGAAUACUACGGCAAUGUCAUCACCUACAUACAGUCUACUGGUACAGGAAAAUCUAGGACGGUGAAGGAGCUCAAGCAGCACGCUAUUGUCGUCCUCAUGAAUGUCGCAUCGCCACCGAGCACGAGUAUAAGCGGUGGCUACCCUCCUCCCGAUACGACCGUCCAGCAGUUCUUCGACGAGUGUCAAAGAGUACUGCUGGAUAAUCAGCCAGCGCAACAGCGCUCUCGAGCGGUGCACCUGAGACUCCACGGAUUCUUCGUCGGUCUUCUCAAGCACCUGCUCGUCACGCUCCAGGAGCUACACGACGACGCAAACGGGUGCUCGUUCAUCGAGCUCGCAUCCAUCUUCUCUGAGAGAAUGAAUGAAGGGACCUUUGAUGCGCACGGACAGUUUCGACAGGAGUUCUGGAAGGAGGUUGUAGGGCUUGCAGGCACGUUCAUCAAAGCGAAUGAGCAUAAGGACUUCACGGCCCCACCCAAUGUCGAUCGGAAAGACUCUACGUCAGAGCUCGUCAGAGCAAGCGAAGCCCUGAUGAAGUGGCUCAAAACCAUAUGUCAAGGCGCCUUCCCGUCGGGCCCUUGGGUCGUCUUCAGCAUCGACUCAGCCCGCCGCUUCAUACCGUCCACCCACGCUGCCAUUGAAUACACGCUACUCUUCGAGUUCCGGCGCGUCAUGCGUCUCCUGAAGGACGAGCCCUACACAGCGAUUCUGCUCGCGACCGGCGGCGUCGUCGCAGAGCCAGAGCGCGCGCUGCCCGGCUCAUUCUUCCCGGUCCAUCCGCGGCCCACCGUGCCCGUUUGCAUCGUCCCGUUUGAUGUGCUCGCGGACGUGGUGCCCAAUGAUGGGUCGUGGACGCUUGAGCGCAUAGCGUCGACUGCGCGCAUCGCGCGGCUUGGGAGACCGUUGUUCGGCGCUCUACAUAAUGCCCAGGAAACAGUAGGACGCCAAGAAGCAGUACAGACUGUCUACUUCGCCCGCCUCAAGCUGCUCUGCGGCGAACCACUGCCGACCGCGCCCGAGACGGACAAGACCCUCCAACAGCUCUCCGCCCUCUCGCAGACAUUGGGCCUCCACUUCACGUCCGGGCUAUACGACCCGCGCUCCGGGGCCGAGCAGCAGCUGGCCGAGCGCAACACGCGCAUGAUCCUCUCCGUGCGCCCGGCGUCGCACGAGCUCGGCACGUUCGUCCCCUCGGAGCCGCUCCUCGCCGAGGGCGCGUACUCUGCGUUCCUCUGUACCAUGGCUUCUGGGCGCUGGGAUCUGCCGAGGGCGCUGUUGGUACAUGCCGAGCGGUCGGGCGUGAGUUUGGGCGAGCGCGGGGAGGUCAUCGGCGCGCUGAUACUGCUGCUUGCUGUGUACGAGGCGCGGAGGAGGCGCCCGCGUUAUGGUCCCGGCACCUCGCUAGCGCCCCCCGACCCAUCGCGCGACGGCUGGGCCCGCACGGUGUCGGUCGUCGACUUUCUGACCGCGCUCGUCCCGGACGCCGCGCUCGAGAGCGUCUUUGGCGCAGCGCGGAUGUGGUUCAACCACUGGAUCCACGUCGACGACGGAGACGUGUUCGACCAGCGGUGUUUGUGGGCGUAUCUCGCGCGCGGGGCCGGCGUCGUGUGCGCGAGGCAUCGGGAUGAGGUUGCGAUGUUCGUGCCGUAUACGAUGGGGGAUGGCGGGCGGUCGGAGGAUACGGGGGUUAUUAUGGUCCAGGUUACGAAUAGGACGACGCCGGGAGACGGAGGUGGGGUGAGGGAGUCCGUGUUUGACGCGAUGGAUCCGGAGGGACUGCGCGUGUUCGCGGAUGCGCAGAAUCGGGCUGUGCCCGUUAUCCGCCUCGUAUUUGCGCUGGCUUCUGAACACGCCGCGGUCCACGUUCGUGCCCCGCCCCCGCGCACACCGACUCUAGAAGGACCACUUGAAUCCAAGUCUAAGGUGGACACCUUUGAUAUCUGGCUCGCCGGCCUCACGCACGACUCUUCCGGCAUCAUCGCCGACGACGCUCAAGAACGGUCGGUGUACAAAGAUCUACUGGACCUGUCACUCCCUCGCGGCGCGCCCUACGCGCUGGACGGCGAUAUUAUGCGCGAGGUCUUGCCCCGCGAGAGCUGGGAGCGCCUUUUGGAGGCGAGGAUGGGGAUGAACCCAGCUGCUGGGGGUGAUGGGGUGAUGGAGAGGUUUGCAAGCACGGUUGAUGUGGAUGCGAGGGGAGCGGCAGUGAGGAAUGAGGGUAUGGAUGUUGAUGUGGAUGGGGAGGCGAACGACCCGGACGUGGACUGUCCGGCUGGGGUUGACUCCAUGUAUUCACUUCCACAACAAGACCUGAAGCGCCGGCGUACGUGA